GCUUGUGCAAAAUCUGCAUCCAUGGAUCCAUCUCUUGGUGAUCCUCAUCAUCCUCCUCAGUUCACCCCUUUCCCUCCUUUUCCCACCUCCAACCACUUCGUCUCCGGCGCCGUCCCUCCUCUAAAUCAUCAUCCCUUCAACAACAACCAUGUCUUCCAACCGCAGCCGCAAACGCAAACGCAAAUUCCCCAACCGUCGAUGAUUCAGGUCCCUCCACAUCCCAUCAACCACCCUCCUUACUCCGAGAUGAUUUGCGCUGCGAUUGCGGCGUUAAACGAACCGGAUGGUUCGAGCAAGAUGGCAAUUUCGAGAUACAUCGAGAGAUGUCAUCCCGCUCUAACUUCUGCUCAUGCUGCUUUGUUGACUCAUCAUCUCAAGACUUUGAAGAACAGUGGUGUUCUUACUAUGGUUAAGAAAUCUUACAAAAUUGCUGGUUCUUCUACUCCUCCUGCUAGUGUUGCUGUUGCUGCUGCUGCUGCCGCUCAAGGUCUCGAUGUUCCCAGAUCUGUGAUCCUCCCUUCGUCUAACAGCACCGUCAACGAUCCCAUGGCUGGCUCUGCUUCUCAGCCUCUGAAACGAGGUCGUGGUCGUCCUCCUAAACCUAAACCCGAAGGUCAACCACAACAACAACAACCCAUCAAUGCUCAGCCUAUUCAAGUCCAGUCUAAUGGACAGCCAAUCUGGCAACAGCAACAAGUCCAAUUACCUGUUCCGGUUCCGGUUACAGAGUCGGCUAAGAGAGGACCUGGUCGUCCAAGGAAGAACGGAGCUGCUGCUGCUACUGCACCAAUUGUUCAAGCUUCGGUUAUGGCUGGAAUCAUGAAACGUAGAGGUAGACCACCGGGUCGUAGAGCUGCUGGUAGACAGAGGAAGCCCAAAUCUGUUUCUGCUACUGCUUCUGUGUAUCCGUAUGUUGCUAAUGGUGCUAGACGUAGAGGAAGGCCUAGGAGAGUUGUUGACCCUAGCAGCAUCGUUACCGUUGCUCCAGUAGGUGGUGAAAAUGUGGCAGCGGUUGCGCCGGGAAUGAAGCGUGGACGAGGACGACCACCGAAGAUUGGUGGUGUUAUCAGUAGGCUUAUGAAGCCUAAGAGAGGACGAGGACGUCCUGUAGGUAGACCCAGAAAGUUUGCAACAUCAGUCACGACUGGGGCACAAGAUUCUGGAGAACUCAAGAAAAAGUUUGAUAUUUUUCAAGAGAAAGUAAAAGAAAUCGUGAAGGUGUUGAAAGAUGGAGUUACAAGCGAGAAUCAAGCGGUGGUGCAAGCCAUAAAAGAUCUGGAAGCACUAACAGUGACGGAGACAGUUGUUGAGCCACAAGCCAUGGAAGAAGUGCAGCCAGAGGAGACUGCAGAACCACUCACUGAAGCUCAACAAGCUGAAGCUGCUGAAACACAAGGAGGACAGGAAGAGGGACAAGAAAGAGAAGGAGGAGAAGCACAGACCCAGACAGAAGCAGAGGCAAUGCAAGAAGCUCUGUUCUGAAGAAUAAUAAUGAUCUAGAAAACAA